UAACAUUGCCUAUUUGUAAACAAAAAUGGCGUUCGUGUGUUUGGCGGAUUUUGAAUGACCGUAGAUUGUAUAGUCAGCCCAGGAGAUUGGCCAUUCCCGUUGGUUGUCAGAUUCUUGAUAUCAUGCAGCUAUUGAAGCCAGAAUGGGUUAAUCACGAUGGUGAUAAGGCCAUCUUUAGUGUAGAUCUGCAUCCAGAUGGCUCAAGAUUUGCAACAGGAGGACAAGGUCAGGACUCCUCAGGCCGAGUUGUGAUUUGGAACCUUAAGCCUGUUGUGUAUGAAAAGUUUGAGGAAGAUGAAAAGGUGCCUCGUUUGUUGUGUCAACUAGAUCAGCAUCUUGGAUGUGUGAAUUGCGUACGAUGGUCUCAUGCGGGUCGUUACUUGGCAUCAGCUGGUGAUGACAAAGUUAUAAUUAUAUGGCAACAAAGUAGACUUGGAGGAGGUGCAGUGUUUGGUUCGAAUGUUGUGAAUGUCGAGUCGUGGCGUAGCGUAACUACUCUUAGGGGUCAUAAUGGAGAUAUUUUAGAUGUUGCCUGGUCUCCAGGAGAUGUUUGGCUCGCAUCAGCUUCAGUUGACAAUAAUGUUAUUAUAUGGAACACUGCAAAGUGGCCAGAACAGGUUAGGGUUUUACGAGGACACACAGGUCUUGUGAAAGGAGUAACGUGGGAUCCUGUUGGUCGUUAUUUAGCCUCUCAAGCUGACGACAAAAGCCUACGUAUCUGGCGCACUGCAGACUGGGGUACUGAGGAAAAGAUUAUUGAACCUUUUACAGAGUGUGGUGGCACAACUACAGUAUUGCGACCAAGCUGGUCGCCAGAUGGUCAGUAUUUGGUCUCUGCACAUGCCAUGAACAAUGGUGGACCCACGGCACAAAUCGUUGAACGGGAUGGUUGGAAUACUGACAAGGACUUUGUUGGGCACAGGAAACCUAUUACUUGUGUGAGGUUUAAUCCAAACAUUCUUAAAAAAACUGACUCUAAGACUGGGAAAUCUGUACAGUAUUGUUGUGUGGCCAUUGGAUCUCGUGACAGGUCCAUCUCCAUCUGGUUUACUUCACUGAAGAGGCCUCUUGUAGUCAUCCAUGACAUAUUUGAAGACUCGGUUCUUGAUCUCUCAUGGAGCAACUGUGGCAGGUGUUUGAUGGCCGUUUCCAAAGAUGGGACGCUAGCCUUCAUUAAUUUUUCUAUGAAUGAAAUUGGACAUCCUUUGUCAGAGGACGAAACAAAUAAUCUACAUAUCAAAUUGUAUGGCAAAUCUGCUGUCACAUCUGCAUCUUCAGUGAAUCCAGCUAUAAUAGAGAAUGCGGAAAUAUUGCGGCUGAAGGAAGAGGAAAGCGAGAAAGCCAAGGCUGCUAGUAGUAGGGAAUUCAGCCAGCGGCCCACACCUGCCACACCACAAAGAGCACCAAUCAACAAACAAAUUGAAACAAGAACAGCAGAUGGAAAGAGGCGAAUCACGCCAAUGUUUAUACCUCCAACAGAAGGGGUGGACAGCCCCUCAAAGUCAUAUGAAGCCAGCUUUUCUUCAAGUCAGCAGGAGAAAAGUAAAAUCGUUGUGGAGAAAGUUGACCAGAUUGUAGAGCCUAAUGUGUCAAGCACCCGAAACACAUUCUGUGGUAGUUUGUCUGGUACACCAAGCAAGCUUCCUGCUCCUCUCCCGGAGGAAUUUAAUGGAAUGCCUGCUGCUCUUCCUGCCCGCUUGGAAAGGUCAGAGAAAGCACUUGAAACUCAGGGAUCCUGCACACCUAUAGCAUCAGGUAAACGCAAGCAUGAUGACCCUCAGCCAAUUGUUGUCAAAAGAAAGCGAGGCCGUCCCGCUAUGUAUGAUAGAACUCCUGUGGCCCCUCCUUCUCGUGCUUCAACCCCUCCCCCGGUAGCGCAGGGACCGCCUUCAAGACCCCAGCCUGUUGUGACAACAGUUCAACCAGUUGAUGUCAUUCAUAUUCUUCCAGAAGCUUCUCUUUCUAAAUCAGCAAGAAUACAGAUUCCUGGUGAGCCUUCUGGUGAUUCACCAGGACCUUUGUUGGUUGUGGAGAAUGAUCACAGAGUUGGCAGUGGCAAUGUUGGUGUUGGGAGUUCUGUGCCAAAUCUUCACCGUGUGACAAGAGAGCAAGUCAACCUUGUCAGCUGGGUCUUGUUCUUUACCUCUCAGGUUACAGCAGCAUCAGCAACAACCAAGAUUGCUACUAUUUCAUGCCGUGACAAGACCCUGCAUAUCGUGGAUAUAAAGACAGGAGAAAUGAUGUUGCCUCCAUUGCAGCUUCCAGGAAGAGCCUCUCAGUUGUUUUUAGAAGAAGAUAUUGUCAUUGUACUCACCACUGAUGCCACCCUUAUCAUCUGGGACAUUAGCAAAAAGAAGAGGUUGCUCUCAGAAUCUAUCAGAUAUUUAGUUGAAGGACGCAGUGGUGGUGUCAAGUCUGUUUCACUGGCUUUAAAAGGAACUCCAGUUGUACUUUUAACAUCGGGUGAAGCCUUUGCAAGAUGCCAAGAAUUAGAGGCUUGGUUGCUGCUGGGUGAAUCUUCCAGUGUGCGUCGUGUGUUGCAACCAGAGUAUACUAUGUUGCCGCAAUGUUAUCAGAGCAACCCAUCCUUGCAGCCUCUCAACAGUCUACUACAUCAGACUGCUGCAUACUCUGGGUCUUCAAGAGUCUCUCGUCCACUAAUCUCAGAUGAUGUACGCCAGAGUAUGACUGAAGUUUACCUUGACCGGAUGCUUACAUCUGCCCGUUACCUUCACUCUUCCCAAGACUAUAAAUUCUGGUUGAAGAGGAAAGUCCAGUUCCUAAUUAAGGAAGGUCAGGAGAGGAAGCUGAGAGUUAUCUUUGAUGACUUUCUGGGUCCAAGACACAGUGGUCAUGCACACACUGAUGAAGGAGCCUGGUCACCAAACAUCAUGGACAUGGACAAGAAGUCACUUCUGGAGGAAUUUCUAAGAGAGAUUCUUCUAGCAGAAAAUUCACUCCAACUCCAGCGACUGUACUCUGAGUACAAAAGCCAAGUGGAUGGUGAUGUAGUUGAAAAUAUUUAAGUCAUUUUUGUUUUUUUAUUGCUUUGCCAAAUGUGUACCUACUUAAUUGACAAACCUUUGCAUUGUACAUGAGCUUUAUCUUCUAUUGGCUGAGAGAGUAUACCAGUCCAAAGUCUGGAAAAUACCACCAAGAGGGUACAAGGGAUGGUCAACCCACGAAGGGUGGGUCAUCAGUAAUAAAAGGAGAUUCCUCCUAUUCAUUCACUCUGGCUAGUCAUUAUUCUUCUCAUCUUGCCACUCUGCAGAUGGUUUCUGUUAGUGGUGGCCUAUUAUUCUCUUAAUUAGUUUUUUCUUCAACUUUUACCGUAAGGAUACUGAUCUUACUCCUUUGUUAAAGUGGGUGAAUCAGAGGAAUGUGUUAUUUUUAGCAGAAAGGAAACGCUGUUUAAAAAAUUCUUAAUGGUGGUUUUGGAUGUGUGUUAAUGAUGGGAGACACAAGCUGCUCUCUCAAAUAUCAGAUUUGUAGUCUGUGCAUGUUUUAUUCUACAGUGCUUGCAAGGUAUUGAUAGUUUAAGUAUGUGCAUUUGCUCGGUUUAGUACGAACACAUACAGGUACUGCAUAGAAGGGAAACUGUUUAUUAUAAUUUUUUUAAUGCAUUUCUGUCUUUGUUAUAUACAGAUACAGUAUGCACAAUUAUGCAUUUAUUUGGAAUGUUACGUUUAUCUUAGGUUUUUAACUUAUAUAUAUAUAUAGAUUUUAUUUGACUUGUAUUGUUAAUGGCUACACAGUUUCUUUGGCAGCUUUUCCUUUGCAUGGUUGAUGCCAUUAGGAUUAUUUCUGCUGGGUACAGAAAUGGCUUGACUUUAUGCCAGUUUUAAUUUAAAUAGGAAGGCAUUUAAAGUUAUUUCUACUUUUGUAUGUUAUUUUAUUAUUUUCAGUAGAAAGGAUUCGUCUUCAGUUUUUGCUCAAGGUAUGGAUUAUUGGAGUUUCUAUCAUGUAUGGAAUUCAUGCUUUGACAGUAGCUUAACCUUAUUGACCAUUGUUCACAGGUACCAGGAGAGCUGUGAUUUUUCACUGGUUGUCUCCAGCAUAAAUUCCUGGUAUGUACCUUGAUUUCCCAGCCAUCAGUGGGCGCAACUCUUUGAAGGUCAUAGUGCUAGAAGAAUUGGAAAGGAUAAUGAUGCACGUCCAGCUUAGUUUUUAAAAUUUGGGUACACCCUACAUGCUUUAAUGAGUACAACUUUUUUUUUUCCCAUCCUUUAAUGUUACCAGGCAAUCAUUCUCUGGGUCAUUUUGUGCUUCAAAAGACUUGUCCUUCCUUUGCUUCCUGCCAAAAUCUCUGUCCUUAUGUAAAGGGGUUUGACCAAUUUUAGCAGACCAUGAACAUAUGCACAGCAAUCCUUCAUGAAGUGGAAAUCCCAUACAAUUCUCUUACUGUAUUUGGAAUGGGGAAAGCAUCCCAAGAAUUUGUGGCCUUACUAUGACUUGACUGUUGUCUCCAAUACAGUAAAUAUUGCUUCCAUUUAUCUAGACAACUCUUCUAUUUCUCCUAUGUUGUGUCAUGUAAUCAGUCCUACUGCCCAUCUGAUAGUCCUGAAAUGAUUUGCCGAGAUAAUCAAGAUUCCUCUUUACAUAAUUUCAUUAUCAGCAAGAUUUGUCGGUUGUCCACAAAUGAUCAGUAAUUGUAAUCAAUUGACUCAGACCUUUGCAGUGGUUGGUUUCAUGUAUGAGUACACUCCAGCCAUUGAUAUUUUUUUCCUUGUUUGGUAUUUAUUGUCAGUUAUGCCCUUUGGAUUUUGUUUUAAGACUAAAGUGCAUUUUUCUUCAAGUUGACUGUUUCACCUCUCAAAUUUUUAGAGUUGCUAUGACAUUGAAUUUUCCUAUAGGCCCAUGUAAUAUAGUAAGAGUUUAUGGUCCUUGGAGGUAGCCUCACUAGAUAAAGAAAAGAUUGUCUUUUCCUUAUGGUCAUUUUGUUUCAUGAAUUUGUUUACCAUUUAGAGAACCCAACAGUUCAAGUUAUCAUUAGUCAAACCUGGAUAGGAGUUAAAACAUUGUUACUCUGGUGACUGUUUUGAUUUUGUGGAGAGGUAAUGAAACCUUCCCAUUUUGAUUGUGGAAAGCUAGUGAAACAUUCUCAUGAGGUCAAAAUCCUCUGGUCACAGUGGGUGAGUGCAGGUUCCUUAAGUGAUAAGAUUUCAUCUCCACACAUACCAUGAUGCCCAGGGUCGUACACUCUGUGUAUGGGCUUCCAGAAGUCUUCUUGACAUUAUUCCUAAGCAGUAGAGUAGGUAAAUUUUUUAUAAACUGUAGUUAUAAAAUGGACAUAGCUGUGACUACAUACAGAAUCAGUUUCCUUCCAAAGUAACGUGUGGUCAUUAUUACUCUCUUUUUCUGCUUUUGUACCAGGUGUGUAUUGUACUGAAGAUAAGCCAAGUGUGUGGAAUACCAUCUAUUGAGGAAAGUCUUUGUAAUGUCUUUAUUUUAUAAAAAUGUCAGUCUUACCACUUCUGAUUUAGUUAUUUUGCCAGUACGGAAUGAACUAAUAUCUCCAAUAGCAAAGAAAGCUCAUGUAAAAUAGAGGUGUAUUUAGGUGGGAAAUAUCAAUGUUUUAAGAUUUUAGAUAUUUCAGUUAUUUCUGGUAUUUUUAUUUUUACUUGAUUGUAAAAGGAAAAGUUAUUUCCUGUGAUGUAUCUUUAGUUUUUUUUUUUUUCACCCUUUUUUUUUCAAAAUGGUAGUUAAGCUUUUUAAUUGAUAAUUUUUAGCUCUACUGAACAGAAUUUGGAUAAGUCUCAGGAUAAGGUACUUCAUCAGAACUUCCAGAGAGAACUUGGUUAGAUCACCCAGGUGCAUUAUCUGAAGGUAGUUUCCAAGAGAGAUGACAAUGUUUACUUUUGUCAUCAUAAAUUUUAUCAUCAAAAGUGCUGCACAGGCAUAAUAAAGUGCCUUUCCAAAAUAUUAAAACUGUAGGAUAAUGAAUUCAGAACAUAGCAGCAGAUUUUGCUUGCUCUCAAAAACAUCUCUUUAAUGACUACUGGAUGCGUGUUGUGUUGUGUAACAGAGCAUCUUCAAAAUAUAAAACUCUAGUAAGAACUUGUCCAGAUGAAUGCCACGUUAUGAUGAUAAUGUUCAAAACAUAUUUAAUGGAGUUCCUUGAGCUAGCACGAGGUAGAUGACAAUAGCUAUUAGUUCACUGCCUCACUGUUUCUUCAUAUCUUUCGUCUGCUGUCACCAGAUUUUUUUUAUGACAAAAUGUAUUGGACUGUGCACAUGCAGUAUAUCUGAAAUUACAUGUUAAUCUAGUCAUACAAAAUUUGAUGUGGUAAAUAUUUAAUUUGAAAUGACAGUCAGAUUUAGGGCCCAACAAGAUUAUUAGUAACUUAUUACCUUUUGUGUAUGUUUUGGGACACAUGAAUCAAGGGAAUAAGAAUCAGACCUUAUGUUUUUAAGUAACCCCUUGUGAUUUACCAUCAUGAGAGGAUGACUGGCCAUUGUGUAACAGGUGUACUUGAGUAUUCUGUUAAUAUGCUCUAACAGAUCUUUCAGAUUUUCACAUGAUUAAAACUGAUUUUGACUGAUAUCAAGCCUUCCCUAUUAUACAUUUUAUUUGGGAAGUCUUUUCCAAUAUCCUAUCUUGGAUAACUCAUCUUUUGAUACAUUAAUUUUGAACUGCAAGAAUAAAAAUAUAAGUAUGCAGCAGAUAACUUGCUAGUGCUCAUUUGUUAACUAGAAGGUUACCAUAUAAUGUACCAGAGUUGAUCAACAUGUGCUCGGAAAGUUUGAGUUUUAUAGCUAUCUGCCAGUCUUUACAGUUACAAUAAUAACAGGAUUCUGUAACUUUCAUUGCAGAUGCAGAUAUGUUGUUGUAUAUUUAACUAGCAUUACUAUUCUUCUGAAAUCUAUGCAAAGUUAAUUCAGGAGGAAUAAGUGUUUGGGAAUAGUGCAGCUUUGGAAAAUAGCACUGAUAACCAUGUUUAUAAUCGCACAGGAAAGUAUCUGGGGUAUUGAAUCUGGGAAUAUAAUAGUUUUUCCCACUAAUGCUUCAUGUGGCAUUAAAAGAUUUUCAUGUAUAUUACACUUUAUUUCAUGGUGUUCAUUUUUUUUUUUAAUAUACAUUAGGGAAUAUUACCUUAAAGGCCUUAAAUUUAUUUCCUGUUUUGAGGUAACUUUAAAUAUAUAGUGAAGUGUUCAGUUACUAAUGAAAGGUCUAUCUUUGUUGGUGUUACUAUUUUUUUUUUUUAAAGUUCAUGUUAGUCCUUAAAAGGCACACAAAAAAUAUUUCAAGUAUAGUCCGACCUCUUAAAUCUAGCACUCUUUGGCCUGGGAACUACUGUGAUCCUGGUCAUUUUGAAUCGGUUGCCAUUAGUUCUUGAGUGGCUACAUGGGUGGCACCACAUUGUUUCAGUUUUUUUUACUUGAAUUUCAGAACUGAAGCUUGCUCUGUGAUUAAUCAAACUCGGUUUAUUUCCAGCAAAAACAUUGAAAUUAUAAAAGUACAGCAUACAAAAGAACCGUAAUUUGUGUAUCAUGCAGUCAUUUAAAUUUUUCCAAAAACAUGAUUUCAUCAUACAGUGUAUAGUGUGAGAUGCAAUUUCAGUAGAUUACACUAGGCUAGGCCUUGUAUGCCUGAUAAUGCAUAUUAUAAAUUAUCUGAGUUAGCUUUUAACCAAGCAAAAGUUCAUUAGGUUAAAUGCAAAUCUCCAUACAUUUAACCAGGCUUACCAAUCUUCUGACUUGUUUAAGAAUUCAUUACUAUAUCUUAUAAUUAACAACCACUACUAGUGCUUGCAAGACUCUGGCAAUUAACAACCACUUACUAGUGUUUGCAAGACUGGCAUAAACAAGUACUGAUAAACAGUUGAAUCAAGAAAGCUGUUUGCCAAUGUCAGUUACUGUAACUAACACAUUUAAUAAGGGUUGCAUUACAGUUGUCAACAUUUACAAAUUUGCUAAUUUUCUAUGGUGACUUCCAUUAAUACAAAUAAAAUUUAUUCAACUUUCAUGCAAUGGAGAGGAAAGUGUUAUGAAAGUAUGCCACAAAAAUAGACGGUUGUAGCUCUGGCUGAAGUAAUGAAUAAUGCACAGGCCACAAAAACAUUUUGGAAGAGGCAAAAGCAACUUCCAAUACUGGCGAAGUCACACCUUUACUUCAUUUAGUUUACUGCAUUUAUGAUUAAACUUGCCUUUUUAUACCCAUCUUUGGUAAA